AUGGCACCAAAGGCAGAGAAGAAGCCCGCUGAAAAAAAGCCGGCGGAGGAGAAGAAAACAACCACCGUUGAGAAGGCACCGGCCGAGAAGAAACCAAAGGCCGGGAAAAAGUUACCAAAGGAGGUCGGCACCGCGGCUGGAGACAAGAAGAAGAAGAGAACGAAGAAGAGCGUCGAGACAUACAAGAUCUACAUCUUCAAGGUGUUGAAACAGGUUCAUCCAGACAUCGGAAUCUCGAGCAAAGCGAUGGGAAUCAUGAACAGUUUCAUCAACGAUAUCUUCGAGAAACUCGCACAAGAGAGUUCAAGGCUUGCGAGGUACAACAAGAAGCCAACAAUAACGUCAAGGGAGAUACAAACCGCUGUAAGGCUUGUUCUUCCGGGUGAAUUAGCCAAGCACGCCGUGUCAGAAGGUACCAAGGCGGUGACGAAAUUCACAAGCUCUUAAGUAAUUCAUACUCUUUGCUAAUCGCUUGUUUUCAUGUGUUCGUGAUAUAUGUUAGGGUAGAUUUUA